CGAACCCGAAGCAACAACCUGGAGAGCUAAUACCUGCAUCCGUCCGAAAUGGCUCAGAAACGAGGAACAAAUUUCGAUAUAAUCAAGAAUCUGCCGUCCUGGUCAGGUGUUAAUUUCGUGCCCACGCGUCAUCAUGACAUUCCUAAAGCCCUCGAUCCCAGCAAGCAACGCUUACCUUCGCCAUUCGUUGUCGUAAUCACAGGGGCAAGUCGUGGUAUCGGGCGCGCGACUGCGAAAGCUUUUGCUCUUGCCGGUGCAAGCGGCCUCGUCCUUACGGCCAGAGCCGCUGCUUCAUUGGCAACGACCAAGAGCGAAUGCGAGGCGGCUGCGACAAGCCCGAAUUUCAAGAUUACAACUCUGUCGGCGGAUAACGCGGCAGAAUCGUCGGCUCUUGACGUUGCUGCUGCUAUUCGCGAUGAACAUGCCGGACGGUUAAAUCUCCUGGUCAACAACGCCGGGAUUCUAAAUGUCGAUAAAACGGCCUUCGGGAAGAGUUUUGUUGAUAUGAAUGUGUCCAACAUUGAAGAGACCAUGCGCACCAACUACUUCGGCCGAUUUUACAUGAUCAAGCAUCUUCUGCCACUGCUCCAGGCAAUGCCGAAGGAUUCUAGCAAAUCCAUCAUCAACAUCUCCAGUCUGGGAUCGCAUAUUAGCGGACCCCUAGGAUAUAGCAUCAGUGCACUGGCGACGAAUAGAUUGUCACAGCGCGUAGCGGAAUCUCAUGGUCAUGAGGGCAUCUUCUGCGCUGCCGUUCAUCCCGGCGCUGUCGUUCCUGAAAUAAUGCCUGAAGGUGCACCUGAUGCUUUUAGAGAUUUCGCAACAGAAGAUCCUGGACUCUGCGGGGCUUUCUUAAUCUGGCUGGUCAAGCAGAGGAGAGAUUGGCUGAAUGGCAGAUACGUCGACGCGACCUGGGACGUGGAUGAAUUGGAGGCGAGAAAGGACGAGAUUGUGGAGAAGGACAUGCUCAAGAUGAGACUGGUUGUAUGAGGCUUUCCGAAUGAGUCGUCCAGCUAUGAGGUUCCAUUUCACGCGUGUACAUCAUAGGGCAAAAAUAAAUGCCAAUUACAAUAUAUUCACAGAUGAGGUCGCAACCAAGAGAUUCA